AUGAACGAAGAAAAUCCGUGGGUGACGCUCACCUGCCACGAGGUGUAUGACAACAAUUGGAUCAAUGUAACGCAUCGCGAUGUGCUCAAUCCCGCCGGCGGAAAGGGCAUAUAUGGCAUGGUCCAUUUCAAAAACGCCGCGAUUGGCAUCAUCCCUUUGGAUGACGACAAUAACACGUGGAUUGUAGGGCAAUACCGCUAUACUUUGGAAGAAUAUAGCUGGGAAAUCGUAGAAGGCGGUGGGACAUUGGGCGUUUCGCUGCUCGACUCUGCCAUGCGCGAACUCUUGGAAGAGACCGGGAUUGUAGCCUCAGAUUGGCAACAAAUCGCCGAAUUGCAUACUUCCAAUAGCGUAACCGACGAAUUUGGGGUGGUGUAUAUUGCGCGCGGACUCACUUUCACAGAUGCCGACCCCGAAGAAACGGAACUCCUUCAGGUGCGCAAACUGCCUUUUUGGGAGCUUCAUAAAAUGGCGAUGCGCGGCGAAAUCACCGACGCAAUGUCGUUGGUUGGCAUAUUAAAAGUAGCAGAAAUGCUGCGCAACGGCACAGCAAUAUGA